AUGAAGCUCCCUCUGGCACUCCUGUUGGCUAGUGGAGCACUCCAGGUCACCUCUCAGCAGGUGCCUGGAUUGCACAAAGUCCUUGAUUAUCCCUCCCGUGCAAUCACACUCGACGACAUUGUCCCGUCCUCCUGGCGUAAUCCUGCCACGGGCGAAACCGACCAGAAGUGCUGUCCAAGGGGGACCGUGUAUGACGGGACCAGGUGUCUGCUGUAUCAACGAGACAUCUGUCCCGAGCACACAAUCUUCCAGGAUGGAAUGUGCGUCCAUACCAGUGGACCACAAUGCCCAACUGGUUUCAAAUACCAAGACCAUCUAUGCGUCUCCACGCAAGACCCCAUCUGCCCCUCGGGAUCCAACUGGAUAAACGGGACCUGCACGCUGUCAAUCCCUCCCUCCUGUGAUGCCGGAUAUAGGUUCAGUGACGGCCACUGUGUGUAUAAAGAAGGCCCUCAGUGCCCACAUGGCUUCUUCCCCGAGAAGGAUCGGUGUAUCUCCCGGUCCAGUCCGGCUUGUCCUGAUGGCUUACGCUACGACGGCGUAAGCUGCAUCGCCAAGGAUGGGCCGUCAUGUGGGCGACAGGACCUAGUCGUGCUUGAUGGGAAGUGCGUUUCCAAAGAGCGACCGGAGUGCCCUCCUGGGUACAAGAACGACGGUUCCCAUUGUCGUCUCAGCCGUGACCCAGAGUGUCCUCCUGGAACAGUGUCUCGAAAUGGAAAAUGCGUCUCUCAAACUUCGCCCUCUUGCACAUCGGGCUAUUUCCAGGAUGGACAAUGUCGAACGGACCAGAAGCCUCAAUGCCCCCCGGGGUUGGAGUUGGAGAACAAACGAUGCAUACGCCGACAGGAGCCCCUGUGUCCCCCUGGGUUCGCUUCAUCCUUCCAUCGACCUUCUCUGACUGGGCGAUGCUGCCCAACGGCUUGGGCGUGGGAUGGUUCCUCCUGCAUCCUUGUCCCUGUGGACCCCGGAUCGUGCCCAGAAGGAACCGAGUUUGACGGUGAAAAAUGUGUCACAGCUCCUAUCGAGCAGCCGGUCUGUGCGGCCCCACUGGAGCUCCGGGACGGCUACUGCGUAUCAGAAGAGACGCCCGCCUGCGACGUAGGAGUAUGGAAUGGACAGUACUGCCUACUCGAUGAAACACCAUAUUGUGCCCCUCCUACUCGGUUCAAUGGUGUGGAGUGUGUGUCCACGCAACCCCCGACCUGUCCAGAAGGCUCGCACGUUCAUGACGACCACUGCCGUGGCGACAACUCAGCGCGCUGUCCACCACCCCUCCGUCUAGUGAAAGACCACUGUGUGGAUGCUACAACCCCGGAGUGUCCAUCCGGCUUCACGCUCAUUGGGACCGUCUGCCGCUCCGACAAGCCCCCUCAGUGCCCUGACAACCAGAUGUACUGGAACGGCAACUGCAUCAUCCCCACAACCCCUGAAUGCCCAGAUGGAUUCCCACCGGUGGGCGACAAGUGCCUUGCAGACGUGCAGCCGGAAUGUCCUCCAGGCUUCCGGGUCGAGGGCAAGAACUGCGUUUCGACCGAGAACCCCGAAUGUCCCCCGGGACUCGAUCGCGUCGACGCCGACUGCGUCCAUCGAGACUCCCCGUCCUGCCCCCCAGGCACAUCGCAAGACGGAAACCGAUGCAUCUCGAUCAUACCACCUCAAUGUCCCGAAGGUCUCGUCCCACGAGGCAGCGAAUGUGUCGCAAACGAUAAUCCCGAAUGCCCGCCAGGAUUCCGGUUCCUGGAUAACCAGUGUGUCUCUGAGAAUAAGCCUGAAUGUCCGCCGGGGUCCAACCUCAUCGGCGAGGAAUGUGUCGUUGAGAAGGCGCCCGACUGUCCCCCUGGUACGGAAUUCCACUCUGGGAUGUGUGUGUCGAUUAAGCGGCCUGAAUGUCCCCCUGGGUUGGAGUUGAAGGAUAAUAAGUGCGUCAGAAAGUCGGAGCCCGAGUGUCCCCCCGGUCAGAAAUUCAAUGGAUUCUUCUGCGCGUCCAAGGAUGAUCCGCAGUGUCCUGAGGGGACGAGCUAUGAUGGGACGAGGUGUUCCGUUAAUGCCAAUCCUUCUUGUUAUGAGCUGCAAUACUGCCCCCCUAUUGCUCCGUCUCAGCAGGUUUUGGUGGCGUGA